CCUUAUUGGACAUCUACGAUCCUGUUUUCAUUUUCCCCCUAACAGAGAUUAGGGUUUAUCGUGUCACUGCUAUUUCUCUUGACGUCUCGUUGCAUCAAUUGAGAAUUCAAACUUUGAGGAAUUCAUUAGCAGCUGGUAAUUGAAUCAGUUUCAGAGUUAAUUUUUAUCAAUAAUCAGCGAUUCUUGGUGCCCUAAACUUCGGAUUAUUGUACGGUCUUCACCAAGCCGAUUUUGCAGCCAUGACGGAGUAUUGGGUAAGUCAGGGAAACAAAUGGUGCGACUUCUGCAAAAUCUUCAUACAGAACAAUCCUUCUAGCAUCAGAAACCAUGAGCUUGGCCAGCGCCACAGGGAAAGUGUCAACAAAAAGCUUGCUGAUAUGAGAGCUCAGAAUGUUGCCAAGGAGAAGGAACAGAAGGAGGCAGCUCGGGCCCUUCAACAGAUUGAAGAUAAAGCAAAGCGUAGUUAUCAGAAAGAUAUAGCUACAUUUCAAGAAGCUGGAAAAUCUAAGAUUGAAGCCUUAAAAGCCACAGAGGAUGGUCAAGGGGAAUGGGAAUACGAUAGCACUUCAGGCUAUUAUUACAACCAAACCAAUGGUCUGUACUAUGAUUCAAACUCUGGAUUUUACUAUUCUGACGCAAUAGGCAAGUGGGUGACCCAAGAAGAGGCAUAUGCUGCAAGUAAUGUUCCAUCAGACAGGAAAGUUAAAGAACCGAUAAUGAAAAAGCAGUUAUCAGCUCCAGGCAAGGAGAAAAGAGAUGUUGCUGAAAAUCAAAACGGGGCAGCACCAGGACGGGUAGUUUCAGCUUCUUUGAACCCCAAUAGGUCUGUGAAAGGUGCUCCUUCUUCACUUCAAGUUGGGAAGAGAAAAAGACAUGACGAAAAGCCAAAGAAAGUAUCCGGAGAGGAAGCAGCUGCCCUUAAAGCAAGGGAGGCUGCAAGAAAGAGAGUGGAAGAGAGAGAGAAACCUUUACUUGGCCUGUACAAUCGGCCUAUUUGAUUGAAGAAUUAAAAGAUAACUCCCUCUCUGAACGCAAGGGCUAUGCUCCAGCAUGUUCUGUGUUUUAAUCAGAUUUUCAACACGUAGUCUACUGUGUAAAGACCAUACUCCAUAGCCUCCCCUGUUGGUGUUGUAAGUAAUUCUGGCCACCCCCCUCUUUUCUAAGCAUUGAUCUUGCAGAACAAGAAUAGUUAGGUUGAUAAUGGCAAACGGGUCGGCUUGGUUUUUUCAUCUGCUGGGAAAAAUCUCAUGUCUAAUUUGAGACUUUUCACAAUUUAA